UUGGAAAUUUUGUCCAGCAAUAGACCAGAGGAUCAGAAAAAAAGAUUUGCUUGUCCAAUAUGUAACAGAUGCUUUGCUCGUAAAUUUAAUAUGCAAACUCACCAAACUACUCAUGAUGUUGAUCGGGUGAAACCGUUUGUAUGCAAUUAUCCAGAUUGUGAUCAUAGUUUUACAAGAAAACAUGACCUUAAGCGCCAUAUAUAUGGUAUUCAU